UUCCGCGGCGCCCAACGGCUCGCGGAGCAACUAGGUGGAGCCGGGCAGUCAGCGUUUGCGGGUGGCGGCUGCGUUCAGACCCGCGUGGAGGAGCUCGGGGGUCUCGACUCCCAGCUGACUGGGUGGGGCGUCUGCCAUGAGGAGAAGUGAGGUGUUGGCAGAGGAGUCCAUAGUAUGUCUCCAGAAAGCUCUAAAUCACCUUCGGGAAAUAUGGGAAUCAAUUGGAAUUCCAGAGGACCAGCGCUUACAGAGAACCCAGGUUGUAAGGAAACACAUCGAGAAUCUCCUGAGUAUGAUGAUUGCUGAAGAGGAGAGCCUGAAGGAAAGGCUCAUCAAAAGCAUAUCCAUCUGCCAAGAAGAGCUGAACACCCUGUGCAGUGAGUUACACAUGGAGCCAUUUCAGGAAGAAGGAGAAACAACCAUCCUGCAACUAGAAAAAGAUUUGCGUACUCAGGUGGAAUUAAUGCGAAUACAGAAAAAGGAGAGAAAACAGGAACUGAAGCUGCUUCAAGAACAAGAUCGAGAACUCUGUGAAGUUCUUUGCAUGCCCCAAUACAACAUUGACAGCACCUGUGUUCCCAGUUUAGAUGAUUUAAACCAGUUCAGACAACACUUGGCAACUCUGAGGGAGAAAAAGGCAUCUAGGCGUGAAGAGUUUCUCAACUUGAAGAGACAGAUCAUACUGUGUAUGGAGGAACUGGAUCAUACUCCCGACACAAGCUUUGAAAGAGAUGUUGUGUGUGAGGAUGAAGAUGCCUUUUGUUUGUCUUUGGAGAAUAUUACAACACUACAAAAGCUGCUACGGCAGCUGGAACUGAGAAAAUCACAGAAUGAAGCAGUGUGUGAGGGGCUGCGUGCUCAGAUCCGAGAGCUCUGGGACAGGCUGCAAAUACCUGAAGAAGAGAGAGAAGCUGUGGCCAUGAGUCAAACUGGGUCAAACGCCAAAGUCAGGAAAGCGCUACAAUUAGAAGCAGAUCGACUGGAAGAAUUGAAAAUGCAAAACAUGAAGAAAGUAAUUGAGGCAAUUCGAGUAGAGCUGACUCAGUACUGGGACCGAUGUUUUUAUAGCCAGGAGCAGAGACAAGCUUUUGCUCCCUACUAUGCUGAGGACUACACAGAAAGCCUGCUGCAGCUGCAUGAUGCUGAGAUUGUACAGAUAAAAAACUACUAUCAAGUUCACAAGGAGCUCUUCGAAGGAGUCCGGAAGUGGGAAGAGAACUGGAAGCUUUUCUUAGAUUUUGAGAGAAAAGCUUCAGAUCCGAGUCGAUUUACAAACCGGGGAGGAAAUCUUCUAAAAGAAGAAAAGCAACGAGCAAAACUCCAGAAAACACUCCCUAAGCUGGAAGAGGAGUUGAAGACACGGAUUGAAAUGUGGGAACAGGAGCAAUCAACGGCAUUUCUGGUGAAUGGGCAGAAAUUCAUGGAGUACGUGAUGGAACAGUGGGAGGCUCACAGACUGGAGAAAGAGCGAGCCAAGCAGGAGAGGCAACUGAAGAAUAAGAAACAGACAGAGACAGAGAUACUGUAUGGCAGUGCUCCCCGGACACCCAGCAAGCGGCAAAUUCUGACUCCCAGCACGCCCGGCAAAGUGCGCAAGCUCAACACUACCGUCAUAUCCAAUACUGCAGCCAACAGCAGCAUUCGUCCUGCCUUUGGGGGAACAGUCUACCACUCCCCCAUGUCUCGACUUCCUCCUUCUGGCAGCAAGCCAGUCACUUCCACCUGUUCAGGAAAGAAAACUCCCCGUGCCAACAGACUUGGGGCCAACAAGGAGAACCUGGAGCUUAGUGGAAGCUUCCUGAGCGGUGGGUACCCUGGCUCAGCCCCUCUCCAGCGCAACUUCAGCAUUAAUUCUGUUGCCAGCACCUAUUCUGAGUUUGCGAAGGAUCCAUUCCUCUCUGACAGCUCUACUGUUGGGCUUCAGCGAGAACUUUCAAAGGCUUCUAAAUCUGAUGCUGCUUCUCGAAUCCUCAAUUCAACCAACAUCCAGUCCUGAGAAGCCCUGACCAGGCAGCCAGCUGGACAAAUGAUGGGGGGGGCUGGAGUUUUUCUUCAGUUUAACUCAAGAAAUACCUUAAAGCUUAGUUAUAGCAGUAAGUACAAAUUUUAGCAUCUGGGAGCUAACUUCCUUCUCUGCCCCCUAACUGUACUUCGUGAAGCAUGACUCCAGGGCUUGUUGCAUUUCACUAUUGUGUAGGAAAACGACUGACUGUGCCCAGCCUUGUGGUGUGGGCUGUAAGUCUGGCUUGUAUACAUGUAAUUAGCAAUUAAUAUUUUUUUUUAAAUCUAGGCACGUCCAAUUAAUGCUAUCGCUCUGAUAGCUUUGCUCUCACUCAAAGGCCUGUCCCCAUCACACUGAGGAGAUCUAUGUAUGUCAGCAUUUGGGGUGGCCUGACCUACUGCCAAAGAGUGACUGGUGGCUGGGAGCACCUUUGUUAAAUUGUGUACAGCUUGUUACAGAGUGCAGUCCCUGUGGGGGUGAAUGCACACACUGUCUGAAGUGGCUCCUUGGGUCCAGUCCCCACCUGUGCCCGCUAUGCCUGAGUCCUACCCCUGUAGCUGCGGCCAGGUGGGAAUGCUGCCUCAGUGGGAGGGGCUGCGCCUGCUGUGGAGACCCGCACCUUUGCACAGGUCACUACCGGGGCUUGUCCCCGCAAUAGCGUCUACUCUGAGGCUCUCUCUACCUGCUCUGUCUAUCACUAUGCUCUCCCAAACACUAUUAUUUAUUCUUCUCUGCCUGUGACACAUCAAAAUGGUUCUCAAAAGCUUACCAGUGUGGACUUGCUCUGUAACUGUCAGACAUGCUGUUUAUAUUUUAAAAACAGGAUAUGUGUACAUUUGACUAAAUUCUUAAAAAUAAAUUUGAAAAGUAUA